AAUGUUUCUCCAGGAUGGGCAUUGGUAAAACUGUUGCCCCUAUAAUCUCGAAUCCCUUUAAUAAACAGCUUCUCCAGUCGGUUUGACUUUGUACCUCAUUUUCCAAUCCGCCCAGUCCUGACCUUUACAAUCAUGGGAACUCGCCAGUCAAGAGGAAAAGGCAGCGUCGCCGAAGGAAGUCAAGCCAUAAACGCUGAUGAAGUGAUAAUAAGAGUAAUUCCCGAUCCUAGAGAUUCGCAUCCCCCAGGUCCACAACACCAUCCCGAGCCUGCUAUCCCAAACGAGAGACCGAGAUAUGUGUUCGCCCAUGUUGUCCAGGGAAAUUUCCAAUUCUAUCAAGCCGAGGAUUGGUCCUCAGACAUGAGAUUGGCCCAACGAAUGGGAAUAGACGCUUUUGCUAUUAAUAUCGGCCGAGACGUGACCAACGAAAAACAAUUGCCUCUCAUAUAUGAAAUUGCGGAAAUGAACUCGUUUCAGGUGUUCUUAUCUUUCGAUAUGGUCUAUUAUGGUCAAGCAGGUUCCUCAAAUGAUGUCAUUCGGCUCAUCGAAACCUUUGCUCCCAGAAAAGCGCAAUUCUUGUAUCAAGGCAAACCUCUGGUCUCAACCUUCUCAGGAGAGGUACCUGGAAAUUAUCUGGACAACAACCCAGAUUAUAAUUCAGCCUGGGGCUCCUUAAAGGCAAAGCUCCAUUUCCCUAAGUUCUGGAGACGUUGCCAUCUAGUGAAAAUUGAAGUUUUGACUUCACCCAGGCCAUGUUGGACUGGUAUUGACCCCAAGACGGUGUCUUCGAUUGAUGGCAUGUUAUCAUGGGAUGCCUGGUCUCCCGUCUCUUCGUCCCAAGAUCGCAGGUAUAAGGAUAACCUAGCUGCUCUCGGGAAACAGUAUGCUGCUCCCCUCAGCGCGAUGUUCUACAAACACCUGUCGGCCCAGAGAUAUGGCAACUAUCUAUAUCCAACGGAAUCCUGGUUUGUGGUCGAAAAAUUCAUCGCCUUGAUAUCCUUGAACCCCGAUUUUAUCGAAAUCCUCAGCUGGAAUGACUAUGGAGAAUCGCACUACCUCCGAGACCCGAGGCCAUCGGCUAAUUUACCAAUGGAUACUACUUCAUCAGAGAAAUAUGUGAAUCACAUGCCUCAUGAGCCACUCUUGGAUUUGAUGUCAUAUUUCAACGAGUGGUACAAGUCAGGAUCUCGUCCGCUCAUCAAAAGAUCAAGGGCUUAUGUUUGGUACCGAACUCAUCCGAGGGAUGCGGUUUCUAAGUCAGAUUUGCUACCUGCCCCCAAUGGGGCGAGUGUGACGGAAGACAAAAUGUAUAUCGUGAUACUGGUUUCCCCAGCUACGAAGCUUCAAUACAUCAGCAUAGAAUCGGGGGAUAAAUAUUACUACACCGACCUGGAAGAACAUGAGACUUUCAAAAGGAAGGAUGCUAUCCUGUUGAUCUCGGUCCCUUUCCAUGUCGGCGAUAAUCAAACAGUUACACUAUACGAUCCAGAUGAAACUGCUCUGGGCUGUUUGGUUGGUCGUGGGAUUACCGCUGAGCCGGAGAUUUACAAUUUUAACUAUUGGUCUGGUUUCAUCGAAUUCUGA